UUCGGAUUUUACACAGGUGGUUGGAUGUUACACUCUGGAAAUGUAAUGAAGAAACAGAAGAAGAAGACUGGACGUAGUGUGCACCAGUGCCAGGACUGCAACAAGACCUAUAAAUCCAAACACAAUUUAAAGCUUCACCAUAGAAUUCACACCGGAGAGAGACCGCACAGCUGUGACGAGUGUGGAGCAGCUUUCAACACUUUAGGCGCUCUACAAAUCCACCAGCGCAUCCACACAGGAGAGAAACCCUACAGCUGUGAAGAGUGUGGCGCAGCCUUCGCAGUUUCGAGUACACUGAAAAAGCAUCUCCGUGUUCACACUGGAGAGAAACCCUAUGUUUGUAAAGAAUGUGGCAAACGGUUUACGGAGUCCAGCGCCCUCAGGGGCCAUCAACGGGUGCACACUGGAGAGAAACCAUAUAGCUGUGACCUGUGUGACAAAACCUUUGCACAGCUGGGGGCCUUAAAGAGCCACCGCCGUAGCCACACUGGAGAGAAGCCAUACUGGUGCGACAAGUGCAACAAAACCUUUUCUAAUCGGUCCACUCUAACCCACCACAUGCGUGUGCACACUGGAGAGAGACCGUUCUGGUGCGAAACGUGCGGGAAAACAUUUGUUUGGCAACGCAGCCUGAAGGAGCAUCAACUCUCUCACACAGGGUACCCGUGCAGACGCUGCGGGGACGUGUUCCCUGAUCGAAGUCUUCUGUACAAUCACAACCUUGGUCACAGGUGGAGAGACAAACAGGUCAAGAGAGCAAUGCAAAUGAAAUCUGAGGCUGAGAAUCAACACCCACCCUGUGUUUUUGUUUAAGCUUUUGCCCCUGUAGCAGGGGCAAUAAGAACUGGCUUGUGGCCACGACCUUCAGACUCACUGUCUAAUGUCAAAACUGACCUCAGUCCAGCUCAAGCAGAUAGUAUGAAGGAUAUGAAGUUGUUUCUUUGAGAAAUGAUUAAAAUCCUUUUUUUUAAAUAUCAAUUCAUUAAAUCCAAAAAUGCCAGAAUCUCAGAUUAAAACUCAUAAAACUAUUUCAACAAACGCCAAACAGCUAAAACGGCAAAUGAGAGCAGGUAAACAGAUUCAGCACAAAAUGCAGACCUGAUGCAUCAGAAUCUCACCAAGCUACACGAACUCGCCGUUGGAGCUGAAAGCCGACAUCUCGCAGAUUCUCUGCAGGUUUCAUUAUUCUCCGACCAAAAUUCACUGAACCAGCAGAAAAGAAGAUCAGAACCUUUUUUUCUUCAAAAAUUCCGACAAGAAAGCCUAAUUUCUGCUUUUCUGUACUGAAGAAAUG